AUGACAAGGUCUGAAGAGGCUGAACAAAAACAUAAAAGAAUCCAGCUUGCAACUCCUAUUCAACCUUACAAUUCUGAUAACCAAUGCACUACACAAGAAGAAUUAAUAAGCGACAAUGAGGAUAAUAAUUUGUUUGUUUCUGAAAAUUCACAGUUAAGUGAAAUCUCUCAAAUAACAGAGGUUACAGCUGAAGAUGUAAACGAUGAUCCUGAUGUUUUUAGUGAAGAGAAUGAUGAAGAUAAUUUCAAUCAGAAUGAAUCUUCAAGUAAUGAAAUACUUGAAUUUGAAUUAGGUGGACGUAUUACUCAUCUAGCGGAUGAUCUGUUAGCAAAAUGGAAUUUAUUGGAUUUAUUCAAUAAUUCUUUAGAAGCACCCGUUUCAUUCGCAUUUUAA